UCAAAUGUAAGCAUCCAGUAUUUCAGUUGAUGCAGGAAAGAGCAUAUGGUUCUGUGUCUCUUGCCACAGCUAUAUUUACUGCAAGUAAUUGCUUGUUGAGUGUACGUGUGUGAAGUGAAAGCACGUAUUAUUACAGGCAUUAUGUGAUAUUAAACAGCGGUCUGUCAGUCUCUUGUCUGUCCUAGCAGCUAUCAGGUGGAAUUUAAAACUGUUCAUGGCACAGUCUGAAAAGGGGUGAGAUGAACUCUAGCACGUGGCAGCGCGUCCUGAGAUGUGUUCUGCUUCACUCUGUGGAAUGAGCCCACAGCGGCCACAGCUGUAGUCAAAGAGCUCCUGCUUUUGUACAGUCAUUCAUUAUCUUAAAAUUACAGAUACCUAUAAAUAAUACUUUUUUUUUUCCCCAUCAAUCUUUUGUGUUAGAGGUUUUUGCAAAUAAAUACAUACUGUUUCUAAUGAUUUUGAAACAUAAAUUUUCUUCAAGGCGAGAGAGAACUUCUUAACGACAGACAUGAUUUCUAACCUUCAGGCUGUCUGCCUGGAAUCAGAAGCUGUGAAUAAUUCCUACUAGGGAGCAAAGUGUAUAUGUGGUGUAUUAAAGCACCAGCACAGAUGGGAAAUAGCUAAUGGCCUGCAAACGUCCUGCUCAAGGAAAUAUUUUCCCCCAAAAAACAAUUACCCUGUAGCUAUUUGAAAAGUGACAGACAUUUAUCAGCAAAACAAGCUGCUAAACAAGCAAUGGCAAUUUUCCCAUUUCUUAUCCCAUUACUCUGUGGAGCUAUUGAUACCCUUGGUCUAUGGCCAGAACAGGACUACGUCAUAGCAGAUGUUUCACAAGGGCAGCUCUGCGUGCUAAAGAGCGUUUGCUUUUCUACAAUCUCCUUUCUCAGAAAUGAUUUUUCUUUACGUGUUCACUUUUUUCCUGACUAUUAAUUUGCAGUGAGGAAAAUAAAGCCAACCACAAUUUGCUUUCCAGAACUGCCAGAGAAGUUAUGCAAGAGAAACUUCCUGUUGACAGGACAUGUAUGUCUGUCUACUUAGAGCCCUGCUUACUUGGAUUUUUGCUUAACAAAGACUGAGAUUUUGUAUGGACUUCUGAAUAUAUGGGAUCCAACUGGCACUGUGGAUAAAGCUAGGAGAGAACUGAUGACCUCCUGGUCUUCUGGAUAAACUCAGAUGGUCAGGACCACUUCAUGCCUGCAGGCUCUCUUUGUAAAAAGAAGCUGGCAAAAAGACCUGGAUACAUGAGGCCAGAAGCUCAGCGACAGGUAGCUUUUCAGUCCCUGAGUGCCUGCAAACCAUUCAGCCCAGAAGAGCUCAGACAUGGCAAGCAGCACUGUGAACACCUUGAGAGCUGCUCUGUAUGCAGACAAUGCCAAAGUAACCUCGAGUUCUCAUGCUGUAGUUCUGUAGUUUCUGCUAAUGGGGUAGCAGCGUUGCCCGCUACUGGAAAUAUGCCAGGAUGCCACAAAAAUCUUCCAUGUUGCAAGAGUCCGCAGUCAGAAAACACAGUGAUAAUGGUUCACUCUACUGCAGCAGCAAGGAAAGGAGAUGUUUCUGCUGUAUGCCCUACACAGCAGAAAAGUGAUGGUGCUGAAGUGAGCAAGCCUGCAAACAUGUGUGCUUUGGAUCAGACAGAAGUGAGUAACAGCUGUGAAUAUCAAACCAGAGAUGUCAUUUCUUGUUCUGUUGGGGCACACGAUAGCUUUAGUUCAAGUUUCAGUUUCAUACAGCUUUCCCUGAACUCGGCAUCUGGAGUAAGAGAUUCUGAAGGCAAGUCAACUGUUGAGGAAACUAAGUAUGUUCGACAUCCCAGCACUGCAGGAUAUCUACAGAAGUCAAAAGUGAUGAUGCACGCUCAUGAGCACUUGGGAGCUUUACAUUGCUUCUCUAGGCCCUGUGAGGAUUUGGAAUCUGAAAAUGAGACCACAGUGAAUGAUAAACUCCAGGACUGUGAGACUGUCUCUCUCUCAAAUACAGAUGCAACAUAUUCAUACUCUGCGGAUUCCUCAGAUGCAGUAUCUGCUGGCUCUUCUGUUUCCUCAGGCUAUGAAAGCAGUUUUACUGUUACUGACCAUAGCUGGGAUACUUUGAUAAAAAAGUAUGAACCAGUGCUACAGGACUGCCUGCUUGGCAACCGUAGUACAUUAAAGAUAAAAUCCUUGAUCUUACGGCUGCAGAGGCUUCAGGAAAAAGCAGUACAGGAAGAUGACUAUGAUAGAGCUGAUAAAUUUAGACGGAAACUGGAAGAGCUGGAGAAAGAGAAAAAUUCUUUAAAAUUUCAGCUUCCUUCAAGGCAUCCUUCAGUUAGCAGUUUUUUGGACCGGUUUGUUACCCAAGUUCAAGCAGCGCUGCGCUGGGCUGCUGAUCAUCGUGUUAGAAAUGAAGAAACGCAAGUUUGGCAAGAAAACGAACAUAGGCUUUUGAGGUCCACUUACCAGGAGAGGAUGGAGGUUUCAGCUGCAAAACGAAACCAACUUUUUCAAGAAAAGAAGUGGUUACAGGAGGAAAUUGAAGACCUCCGAGCAAGACUGGCCAUGUUGGAAGCAAAAGAUCAACAGCUAAGAAGAGAAAUUGAAGAACAAGAUAGGCUUAUUCAGUCACAGGACUGUGAACUGACUGCUUUACUUGGCUGUGUUUCUUUGCGAGAACUACAGGAAAUAAGCAAGGCUGUGGGUGACACUUUAGCAUUGUCCUAUCAAAUUCCAUGCAGUCUGGAUCUUCCGGGGACAAUAAAGAGCCUUCAGGAAAAAGAGCAGUCGUUCACCAUGUCCAUUAAAGAAACUACUGCCAAAGUGUGCACGAGUCAGAAACUCUGCAGUACUUUGAGGAGGAAAGUGAGUGAUAUUGAGACUCAGCUACCAGCUCUACUUGAAGCAAAAAUGCUGGCUGUUUCAGGAAGUAAUUUUGGUACUGCGAAGGAUCUUACAGAAGAAAUAAGAUCAUUAACAUCAGAGAAGGAGGGGCUGGAAGGACUUCUCAGUGAACUGUUGGUUCUGAGUGCCAGAAAUCUCCGAAAACUAGAGAGAAUCAAAGACGAUUACACCAGACUGAAACAAGAACUUGAAGAAGGAGAGACUGCCUUUGUCACCAGUGUAAAAGAAAAUGCUGAAAAGUAUAUGGAGAUACUGGAGGAUAAACUGCAUAGCUGUGGGAGCCAGCUGCUCCAAAGAGUGUGGGAAGCUGACUUGGAGGCCUGUCAGCUGUUGAUCCGAGGGUUUCAACUGAAAGAAACGAGUUGCUGUGGUUUCGAGCAAGAGGAGAACCAAAUGGAUGACAUGGAGAUGACUGCUGAUGGCCCAUCUGAUUCUGAGAAAAGAAAAGAAGGUCACUUUCCAAAGGGCAUAGAGUGGGGCUCUGUUCCCUGCCCCAAGCACAGCGAGCUAGAAGAGGUUACAGAGGACAUUUCAUUUGGAGCAGACGGCCGUUUAUCUGAGGAGUUCUUCAUAUUUUCUGCAGAGUUGGGAGAAAAAUGCAAAGCAAUAAGUGAGAAAUUGGUGCACCUGGAAGAUCAAUUGCAAAGUUCUGCCUGCAGAGUUGAUGAAGGACUUGCACAGUCUCUGCAGAGAGAGAUCCAGGUGGUGAAGGAGACGCUCCAGACAGUGCUCAUGCAACUUCAGCCAGCAAGGGAGGCAGAAGAAAAGGCUGGAGACUUCCUCUGUGACAGCUGGUGUCCAGGAAAACAAGACUUGAAGGAAUAAUGAGCAGAAAGAGCUGGUAGGAUGACAUUAAUUCACAAAGGGCUGCUUUUAGUAACUGAAUACUGUUUUACCAAGCCUCAGGGAUCUCUUCUCUCCCUGCAUAACUAAUAACUAAAUCAAUUAUGGAGCAACAGAGCCUGGAGGUCUAUCAUCAGAAGUAUGCUACACAGCCUCACAUGUUCUGGCACAGAUUGGGAAACAGCUUUCAGAGCAGAGCAGCCCCUGUAAAUGUGUAGAUUACAAAUUGAUACAUUUCAAGUGAGUCUGCAAAGUUGCCUUUAAUGUCAGUGAAAUGUUCUCCUUGAAGACUCAUAAACAGUAUCUGUCUUCCUUACUCAUGGAUUUUUAUCUCUGAUUUAAAAAUGUAGCAUUAAAGCUGGAACAUUAAGUAUUUCUUGAAAACUAGCUGUAAGAACUUUUUUUUUUCCCUCUUCCUUUGGCUUUAACAGCUUUCUUACACUGAAUGCAUUUUCACAUUCCUGCAAUAAUUAAAUCAAUAGGAUGAAAUUCAAGCUAACAGCAUUCUUUCAACUGAAAUUUGGACCUCAUUUACUCAGUGGUAUUGAGUACAGUGGAGGUAACUAACAGCAACCCCUAUAGCGGUAGCUUAACGCGCUUCAUUUAUGUAUUAAUAUAAACUUGCUUUAGUAUUACAGGGGUUGUAAAGCACAAAGUAUUAUUACAUUGGUAAUUUGUCUACCUUAAAUACUGUAUGAAUGCUAUGUCAUUAUGUCUCCUUGUAAAGAUUAUUACUACUAUUAUAUUACUUUGAUCUUCCUUAUAAACUUCAACAGGAAUGCAGAUUUUUUUUUUGCUACAGACAGGUAUGGGUAUAUAUACGUAAACGUGUAUUUUUAUAGGAAAUAAAACCGAUGCUCAACUGAAGCCAACUAAUAUAAAUGAUCUAUACUUAAAUCAUUGUUCAAAACAGUUAAUGCCUUUAGGAAUUCAUCAUGUACCCUUACCUGGAUACCAGUGUAUCUCUGAUGUCACAAAAAAAAUCUGCUUCUGCCAUUUUUUUGCAGGGGGAGAAUUUAAAAGGAAAAUCUGG